AAAUACACACACAAAUGUGACAGUACAUUCCCCGUCCUCCUGUGGGUCUGAACGGCGAUGCUGGCUGGCGUACGUUCCUCGGGGCGGCGGAGGGCAGUCGGCUCCCACACCUCGCUGACACUGCACCAGUCUUACCCUCCUCCUGGCUGUCACAGUCGCCAUGAUGUUGUCAAGAAGUGGGGCCUUAGCAGUUCGCAGCUCUUGGCUAGUGCAGCAGACAGCUGCUCUUUCAACAUCAUCAGUUAGAAACAAGAGCUAUGAGUUAGUGGUGGUCGGGGGAGGGGCAGGAGGAUGUGCCACAGCGGCUAAGUUUUCCUCUAAGCUCGGCAAAGGCAAGGUGGCAGUGAUAGAACCAGCAGAUAUGCACUACUAUCAGCCGAUGUGGACCCUGGUUGGGGGGGGGAUGAAGACGCUGGAGAACUCGGGGAAACCCAUGAGCAAGGUUCUCCCUAAAAAAGCCGACUGGAUAAAGCAGCGUGUCGUCGCCUUCGAUCCAGCAAACAAUAAAGUGAUGACUGAUGACGGACAGGAAAUAAACUACCAAUACCUUGUGGUUGCUCUUGGAUUGCAACUGAAUUACAACAAGAUCAAAGGUCUGCCAGAGGCCUUUGAGACACCCGGUGUAGGCUCAAACUACUCGCCGCUUUAUGUAGACAAGACCUUCGAGAGCCUUAAGAACUUCAAGCAAGGCAAUGCCAUCUUCACAUUCCCAGCCACGCCUAUCAAGUGUGCAGGAGCCCCCCAAAAGAUCAUGUAUAUUGCAGACGAGUACUUGCGCAAGAAUGGCAAAAGAGAUAAGGCAAAUAUAAUUUUCAACAGCUCUUUAGGAGUAAUCUUUGGUGUGAAGAAAUACGCUGAAGUUCUUUGGGAGGUCGUGAAGGAGAGGGACCUGACAGUAAACCUUCGUCACAAUUUGGUUGAAGUCAAACCUGACUCGAGGGAAGCUGUCUUCCAGAAUCUUGACAAUCCUGAGGAAUUUAAGACAUUUGAGUAUGAAAUGCUUCAUGUAACGCCUCCAAUGAGCUCCCCGGAUGUGCUGAACCAGUGCACUCCAUUAGUGGAUGGAGCCGGGUAUCUCAACGUCAAAAAGGAGACUAUGCAGCAUGUCGAUUUCCCUAAUGUGUUUGGUAUUGGCGAUUGCACUAAUCUUCCAACGUCUAAAACUGCAGCGGCUGUUGCUGGACAAAUCGGAGUUCUUCGUAAGAACUUGAGUGCCGUCAUGGCAGGAAAAAAUCCAGAUUCUCUUUACGAUGGCUACACCUCAUGUCCUCUUGUCACAGGCUACUCAAAAUGCAUACUGGCAGAAUUUGAUUACGAUGGCAACCCUCUCGAGACUUUCCCCAUCAAUCAGGCAAAGGAACGACGCACCAUGUUUCACCUGAAGAAGGACUUUAUGCCAGAUAUGUACUGGUUAGGUCUGCUCAAUGGAUACUGGGAAGGUCCCAAGUAUUUCCGCAAAGCAAUGCAUCUUGGGUUGAAGUGAAGAAAUUGGUGUUUGCAAAGGAGAAAAGUGAGAAGGUUUACUUUGUCUAAAUUCACAUGAAUAUCAAUUUUAAUGUAUAUAUCCACACACAUUCACCCACAUACAUGCGUGCACUCACACUCACACUCACACUCACAUUUACAUUCACACUCAAUAAUAGCUGAAUACAUGAAAAAAUAAAGUCUAAACAUUCAUACUUAAAAUCUGAAAAGGUUUUCAUGUGAAAGUAAACAAGGUCCAACUUAGUCAUAUUAGUCAGUCAGCAUUUUAGUUAGUGAGAUAACAGUUUGAGGGCCAGAUUUGUGUGUGGUAAUCUGUGAUACAGAUCAUUGAUAUAAUUAUGCACGUUGCAGACUACAAGAAACACCAUCACUGUUUGGAUAUACCUUCUUCUUCUCCUUCUUCUUAUUCUUCUACUUCUUCUUCUUCCUCUUCUUCUCCUUCUUUUUCUCCUACUUCUUCUUCUUCUUCUUCCUCUUCUUCUUCUUCUUCUUCUUCUUGGAUGAAAAGCACUUGACAAUAUUGCAAAGAGGACAAUGAUAACACUGUUAAACUACUUCAUAAUUUUUCCUAUCUUUGUAAUUUUUUGGCACUAUAUUUAUUUUGUUACCAUUAAGUGUAUGCCAGGUUAAAUAAAAAAGAAAAUGUAUAUGUACUGUAUAAGCAUGUUUGUUAAUAAUGGAAAUACAGUGCAUGUUAUCUAAGAAAGGAAUCAUUUUCUCACUUCACGCUGAUGUAUUGAUAAGCUGCAAACUGUUCAUUCAGUAAGUUUAGACAAUCAUGACUAUUAUACUGAUCAUAGGAUAUCAUUGCUGUAUCUUUUCCUAAUACUAAAACGUUUUAGAACACAAUUUAAAGUCUGUCAGAAUAGCACAAAUAGAUUGGGAAAGGACAAGAAUGUUAAUAUUUUUUAAAUCAGAGAGUUUAUUGUUAAAAUAUUUUCUGUUGUAGUUUACUUGAGAGUAUAAUGCUUUUGUUCUGCAGUAAUGAAUCCUCAAAUGGAAAUAUUUGUAGGGUUUAGUGCAGCUAAUCUUCAUCAACAAUGAGGACUAUUACAUGACACAGGGUAUUUGUCUUAUCUACUAUUAUUUUAAUAGUGAAAUGUAAGGCUAAAAAUAUAUAUAUUUUUAUGCUUUAAGUCAGAUCAAAUGGUUUAACUCACUAGAUUAUAUAAAUAUUAAUAUAUGAUGGUGUGUUAUUAAAUAUUUUAAAUAUUGCUGCAAAUGAGCCCACUAGUUACUUAUAGCACAAGUUAAAUAGGUGGGUAAUAUCUACUUGUAUGGAAAAUCCCAUACCUUUAAAUUUAUAUGGUUGCAGGAAACUACAUAAAAGAUUACUUCCAUUAUCAAUUAUUCUACACACACAAAUUCAUCUAGAAGGCAUUGCAACUGCAUGGAAAUGGUACAGAACCACAGAUGAAUGAAUAACCAUGCAAUUUUGAAAAAAGUUUGUUAGGUCACACAUAUUGCUUGCCUUUUAUAGGUUUCAAAGACUGCUGCAAUCUUGUGGAUAAUCAGAAGAGAAUCCUGUGAUAAAUAAAAGUAAAAAGAGGCAG